AAAAGAUUCUGAGUGAUGGAAAUCGUGUAGAUUUAAUCAGAGCAAGAAUUUCUCCUGAUCCUGUGACUCCCGGACAAAAUGUUACUUUCGAAGUUUCCGGGAUUCUAAGUGAUGAUAUUACGGAUAGCGGAAUGAUUUUAAUUCAGUUUAGUUAUGAAGAUGGAUCUCUCAUAGGACAUGGUAAUGGCUUUCCUGCUCCUCAAACCAAAGCAGGAAGUAUAUUUAAUACAAAUCCCACAUUUGAGGCACCAGCUAAUUUACCAAGCAAAUACGCUAUUAUAGUUUUUGUUGUAGGUAAUUCGUCCGAUCCAUCAAAUAAAGUUAUAGGUUGUGUAGCAACAGUAGUUGGUGAUG